CAUCCUCUAUUCUGCGGUAAAGAUGGCGGCGUCAGAGGGGGCGCGCAGCGGUUCGACAACGGCUAAACCACUGAGAUUCGCUCCGCUUUGACUGGGUUCAUUCUUCUGGUAGUUUUAAUUUCCUAUUAUAAUUUAUCUGGACCACCCAGAGAGAGAACAUCGCUGUCACGCACCAGGGUUGGGGUUUUUAUUGUUAGAGGCAGCCUUGGUGGGUUUCAGAGGUAGCCCGCUAUCGGUAGCCGAGCGAGCUAACAGGCUAGUUCACAGAGAAACACCAGAGAGAGGAUUCGGGUUAGGCCGCGGCAGCUUCGGGGGAAUGUGAACCGUAGGGACACUGUCGGGGGAGGUUUGCUUGCUUGGUCCCAGACAUCCUCACACCAAAGUACCGGAAUGGGACAGCAGGUCGGCCGCGUCGGUGAGGUUACAUCGACCGGACUCCAGCCGCCACCGACCCACGCGUCCCAACCACACCAGGGGAAGGGGAGCCGGGGGAGCGUCGCCGGGAGGAGACCCCGGGAACCCGGCUGCAGCACCGGGAUGCCCCCGGGCAGGACAGCCGUGGCCAUCGCCCCCGACCCAGCGAUAAAUAUAUUCACGCAGCAUUCAGCUUUGACCGAGGCAGUUCGAUGGAGCUCCAAGGAGAACCUGCUGGGUGCAACGGAGAGCGACCCAAACCUCUUUGUUGCUCUUUAUGAUUUUGUCGCCAGUGGGGACAACACACUCAGCAUCACCAAAGGUGAAAAGCUGCGUGUGCUGGGCUACAACCAGAGUGGAGAGUGGAGUGAAGUGCGGUCAAAGAACGGCCAGGGUUGGGUGCCCUCCAACUACAUUACACCAGUCAACAGUCUGGAGAAGCACAGCUGGUACCACGGGCCAGUUUCCCGCAGCGCAGCAGAAUACCUGCUUUCCUCGCUCAUCAAUGGCAGUUUUCUGGUCCGGGAAAGCGAAAGCAGUCCAGGUCAGCUGUCCAUUUCUCUGCGAUACGAGGGGAGAGUGUACCACUACCGGAUCAACACAGCCACUGAUGGAAAGGUGUACGUCACAUCUGAGAGCCGUUUCGCCACCCUGGCCGAGCUGGUCCACCACCACUCCACCGUACCAGACGGCCUGGUCACCACGCUGCACUACCCCGCACCAAAAUGCAACAAGCCCACCGUCUACGGUGUCUCACCCAUUCACGAUAAAUGGGAGAUGGAGCGCACAGACAUCACCAUGAAGCACAAGCUGGGUGGUGGCCAAUACGGAGAGGUUUAUGUUGGAGUGUGGAAGAAGUACAACCUGACUGUGGCUGUCAAAACACUCAAGGAGGACACUAUGGAAGUAGACGAAUUUCUGAAAGAAGCAGCUGUUAUGAAGGAGGUUAAACAUCCAAACCUCGUUCAGCUACUUGGUGUUUGCACAUUGGAGCCCCCUUUCUACAUUGUGACAGAGUACAUGCCACAUGGCAACCUCCUGGAUUACUUGAGAGAUUGUGAAAAGUCAGAGGUCAACGCUGUAGCGCUGCUCUACAUGGCCACGCAGAUCUCCUCUGCUAUGGAGUAUCUGGAAAAGAAAAACUUCAUUCACAGGGACCUUGCUGCAAGAAAUUGCCUGGUUGGUGAAAAUCACGUUGUUAAGGUUGCAGACUUUGGUCUGAGCCGGUUGAUGACUGGCGACACUUACACUGCCCACGCUGGAGCCAAGUUCCCCAUCAAAUGGACGGCACCAGAGAGCCUUGCAUAUAACACCUUCUCUAUCAAAUCUGACGUCUGGGCGUUCGGUGUAUUGCUGUGGGAAAUCGCCACCUAUGGCAUGUCUCCAUACCCGGGGAUAGACUUGUCUCAAGUGUACGAUCUCCUGGAGAAAGGUUAUCGCAUGGAGCAGCCAGAAGGAUGCCCACCCAAAGUCUAUGAGCUAAUGAGGGCAUGCUGGCAGUGGAGCCCUGCAGAUCGACCUUCGUUUGCAGAGAUUCACCAAGCUUUUGAGACAAUGUUCCAUGACUCCAGCAUUUCAGAAGAGGUUGCAGAGGAGCUGUGUAAGACUGCCUCAUCUGGUCACUGUGGACUGGCUCAUUCUCUGAGUCACGACAUGCCCCUGUUGCCUUCCAAAUCCCGCACACUCCACAAGCACACAGAGAAUAAAGAAAACAUCGAGGGUGGACUGGACGGGCACUCUGAGCACAGCCACGCAGGUUGGGCUUCCACUUUGUUUGGAGGGGAUAGCCGAUCCAGCAGCUCCCCAGCUCUGCCCAGAAAGCAGCAAACACGAGAUAAAUCUCCCAGCAGCCUUUUAGAGGAUACGCAAGAUAUUGGCACAUUCACCCGAGACCGCAAGACGGGCUUCUUUAGCUCCUUCAUUAAAAAGAAAUCUUCCUCCCCUUCGUCAUCCUCCUCCUCACCAUCUUCCCAGGUCCAACAGAGCCUUCCCACCCCUCCCAAGAGGAGUAGUUCCUUCCGGGAUAUGGAGACGCAGCCUCACAAGAAAUAUGAACCCACCGCUGACUUCAGUGCACCUCCUCCCUUGCCCCAGUCAGACAGUAUAGGGGGCUUCUCUGCUUCUCCUUCCCACUCCCAUGGGGAAGCCACCCAGUCUCGCUGCUGUGGAGCUGCUUUCGGACAGAAACCUUCGGCUGGAGGCCUGGGUUCUCAGCUGACAAGUGGUAGCAGCUGGAGUGGACUGGCUGGCUUCUUCACCCCCAGACUCAUCAAAAAGACCCUGGGGCUUCGUACUGGAAAAACGGCCUCUUCCGACGAGGGUGGUAUAGUUGGAGGACCGAAACCUUUCCCUAGGUCCAAUUCUACCUCCUCGAUGUCAUCUGGACUGCCGGACCUGGAGCGCAUGGCUCUAACUUUACCAAGGAACCGCAAUGCUAAGCCUCCUCUGGAAAGAACUGCUUCCACAACCUCUCAGCCAGAGAACGGGGCUGCACGGCCCUCAGAAAAUCUGUUGAGAAGGAUGGAUGAGGGAACCGCGCAGAUCAGGGAAAGGCCAAAAGCCAAGCUACUACCCAGGGGUACUGCUGUAGGGGUAAGGGCACCAGGGGUUGGAGGAGAGGUGGGGGAAUCAGAAGGUCUGUCACGGAUCAGGGACGGCAGAGAAGAAAGUGGAGGAAUAGACAGACAGCAGAGCUGGUCCUCUCCUUCCAAAAGCUCCAGCUCAUCUCAUAACCACAAAGUCCCUGUCCUCAUCUCCCCCACCAUGAAGCACAGCCCAGCCGACGUUCACCUGGUCGGGCUGGACUCUCAGGGGAACCGCUUCAAACUGCUGUCCGAGCACCAAGGCGAGCGGGACAGGCCCCGGCUGGUGAAACCGCGCUGUGCCCCCCCUCCUCCUCCGACUCUGCGCGGUCUGCAGCAAUCCUACAGCUGCGACAGCGAGGACCCUGUCGGUGGAGUCCCUGUGGAAGUCAAUGGAGAUGCAGUAAAAGGUCAGAGGUCAGGGCGGAUGUCGGGAGGAGCAAUGACGGGCAGACCUACAGUGCCACCACCACAAGUGCCUCCUGCUUCUUCCUCCUCCUGCCCCGCAAGCGCCAACACUACUCCCACCAAAAUGGCCAACGGAGCCCCCACCACUGCAUCCUCCUCACAGACCACACCAUCUGCUGGCUCCAAAGUGCCACUGCGGCGAACCAGGCAGCAGGUGGAGAGGGUGCCCUUGGAGAGGGUUAGCCGUGAGGCUCUGCUGGAGUGUGCCGAGAGUCUCAGUAGUACGCUCAGCGCUAGCUCCGACAGCCCCUCCAGCAGCCAGGUUCUAGACGCCGGCCACCAGCUGCUGGACUGCUGCUCAGGUUACGUUGACUGCAUCCCUCAAAUGAGGAACAAAUUUGCCUUCCGCGAGGCAGUGGGCAAGCUGGAGCUGAGCCUACAGGAACUAAGGGCCUCUUCUUCUGGGGGUGGGGGGUUGAGCAGUGCAGGAUCAAACACUGUGUUGGACAACCUGCACAACUGUAUCAAAGAGAUUAGUGAUGUAGUGCAGAGGUAGCCACUGUGAUCACGCAAACCAUCACCUCUGCUACCAGGCCAAUCACUCACAGUAUUCCAAAUUCCUUUUGUAUGUUUCUGGUUCUUUGGACAGUUUGUUGGGGCACAGAUUGAGCUGAAUCUCUGGAGUACCUCGCAGAAUUCACUACAAAACAUGCUUUUAUUGUUUACAGAAAACCUGUUUUUUCUAAAACGCCAGUCUGGUCACUAAGUUGUUGCUCUUAGCUGUACAUAUUUGACCAAUAUUUCACUAAACUAAAAGUGGUUUAAGUCACACGCUGCAAUGUUUUGAUACAAGUUUUUAUUUGGCCACAAAAAGCCUCUUUGUUACCUGAAUGUUGAGCGUAUCAGCUGUGUGUUGUCAGUCUCACGGGUGGGGAGGAACCCACUCUGCUUAUCUGUUGCAUAGACAGGGCAGUCUUAAACUCAUUGGAUCACAAGUAUGUGGACUACCAGCUGGAUGGAUCGUUUCCCAGUGAGGAACUGUGUGACCAUAAGCCUUUUUUUUUGUUAACUAUCAUGAAUUCAGCAUCAGGAUUCAAGGCUCUGGGUGUCAAAUUUGUUUGUAUUAGUUCCAGCUUUUAUUCUGUUUUUUUACAUUUCAACCAGUACUAUGGUCUCUAGAAAUAUCACAGCUAUUGAAGCCUCUGCCAUAAUUUUGGGAAGCUAAGCUCCCUCAUGUUCAGGAAGACUGUUCCCAAAUUUAAUUGGAUAAAACAUGAAAACAGGCACUGCAACAGGUGUUAACGGUUUUCAGGCAAAUCAAAACAUCCCCAUGAAAUAAAUUGUUUAUUUUAAUAUUAUUUCUGAAUGUCAGUGAGGCUCAUAGUGUUAAAUGACAGUCUGAACAUCCCUGAAACAUUUUAAUAAAUGUUGGAAGCUUUCUUUUAUAUUCACUGCAUGAAACAGUGGGAAGAUUAGCUGGAAAGCACAGGAUGGCACUGGGUCGACUUGGACGUGUUUUCCUUAAGUGUCCUUCACGGGAUGGACUGUGCUGGAUUCCUUUGUAGCCUUGUAGGGCCCCAGUGCCUCAGAUUAACUAAUAUAAGAACACAGUGAGUGCAUAGACCUACUUUAAACCAGUCACACAGGACUGAACUCUCACCAGAAUAAACUGCAGUACGUCUUUAGCACAUGGGCGACAUGUGGAUUUAUUUGACUUGGAAAGAGUAAUGCUUUUUAGAAUGUAUGAAUUUUAACUAAAUUAUUUUUGUUCAAAGCACAGGCAUAUUUUGAGAGGAAAAUUAUGGAGAGUUUUCAUUUAUUUCUUAUCCACAGAUUUUAGAGGAUUAUGUAUCGAUGGCUUAAAGACAAAUGUGAGAGAUCUGCAAAACCUCUUUGAAUGUAUUUACCCUUUUUCCUGAACCUGGUCAAAUGUUUCACUUUUUUCUCUUUAUUUUCCUACAAUGCCAUGUUUUUGUUUUGUUUCAUAGCUCUGUAACUCCGGAUUCUAACCAGUCUGGAAAGAGUUCUUCUGUUUAAUGAACACAUGUACAGCACAUAGCUUAACCAGUUCUCUAACAUGGUUUUGUUUUCUUGCCCCAGCUUUUACCUUGAUGUACACUGGAAAGGUCCUUACCAAUUAAAGAAUGGACAUGUAACAGAACCAAUAAUCAGGAAGCUCCAUAACUCUUUAACCUUUCGGCUUCAAUAGAAACUACCCAUAUUUUGGGGGAAGAAAUAUGCUUUAUGAAAAAAAAAAUCAGUUCACUGUGAGUUUCAAAUGAGUUUUUGGUGCCUUUUUAUAUAUAAAAAAAAAAAAAAAAAACACGGAAAAGAAACAACAUU